UUUUUUUUUCGAUAAAUGGAAAACACAUCUACUGAGAGCAUAUCGAAAAACACUUCAAUAUCAAAUCAAAAUCUGCCUUCAAACUUCAACUCAAGAACUGAUCUGCAAAAAGAAUUCUUUGAAAAAUACGGUGCGAUCAAUGUACAACCGAUUGAAAUCAAGGACAAGAAUGGCUAUACUUUUUUGGACUUUGAAACUCGACAAUUGGCUGAAGAUGCAUAUCAACGACUCGAUGGUCAUAGGAUAGAUUCUACUCACAGUGGAUUACGAGUGGAAUAUGCUAAGAAAAACCAAACAGAUUACAACAGUAACAUGGCAAAUGCGACUAUGAACACAAAACUGAUUUCUGGAAAGAAUGCUGUACCUAUAGCAUCCGAUUUAGGAUUGAAAUAUCCGUCCAAUCCUCAUCUACAGUAUCAAUAUCCAACACCAACACCAGAAAUCCUAGGAAAUAUGAUGAAUGCUAUCGCGACCGUGCCAAGAUUGUACACUCAAGUGCUUCAUCUUAUGAAUAAAAUGAAUCUUCCUCCACCAUUUGGACCAGCAAAUCAAGCAGCAACUCCUUCCAUAUUGAAAAGGAAAAGGGAUGAAUUAUUAGCAAGUGAUGAAUCAGAAAUAGAACUGGAUAACGAUGAUGAACAAGAACAAAAGCUUCGAUUACGGCGGUUAAACAGUCAACAACAACGAAAAAUCCUUCGAAAUGUAUAAAAUUAUAGAUAGAUUUUAUUAUCCCAAAAAAUAAAAGACGCGGGCUUCAAAUAAACUUCAGCAC